AUGUUCUGGGCAGGGAUAAUACUAAUGAACUACUUAACCUACAAGGAAAAUAAAAAGUUUGCAGAUAUUGCAGAUUCAGAACUUUUAUUAUGUUUGAAACAUCGUGAAGAAAUUGAAAAAUAUGAAUUUGAUUCCUAUUAUAAUGAAUUGCAAAUCAAAGAUCUAAUUAAACAAUAUCAAGAUACAAUAGAUGCUAUGAAAAAAAGAGGAAAGCUCUACCUUCCCAUAAUAAUCUGAAAAGUUCUAUUAAUUAAGAAAUACAUAUUAAUGUUUUUUAAAUGAAAAUAG